UGGCGUGAUGGCCGUGGAGCUCAUCAGAAUGUAAUUUCAGCAUCUACAGGUGCUGCUAAGGCUGUUGGAAAGGUUAUUCCUGAACUGAAUGGAAAGCUGACUGGUAUGGCAUUCCGUGUUCCUGUUCCAGAUGUCUCUGUGGUGGAUCUUACCUGCAGACUCAAGAAGGGGGUAAGGCACUGCCUCAUUGUAUGUUGACCUGUCAGCACGUUUGGUUUUAUUGUGUUGAUUACCUACAUGUAGUGUGACACCAGUCAGAGCAUUUUUUUAAAUAUUUCAUUAGCCCUCAGUGGCCAAUUCCAAAAAUGAAUUACAGUUGAACCUCCAUAUAAUAUUUGAAAACGCUAGGGUUUUCCCAGUUAAAGCCUUAGAGUUGGACCCUGUCUUAAACGACCACCUCUUGUAAGCAACUGAUACCACUUUUCGGGGAUGAUGGUUAAAUAACUGUCCUUUGUUUUCAAUGUGCAAAGAAAGUAGUGUCCAAUAGCCCGGGGCAACUAUAACUACACACAUUGCAACUUAGAAAUUGCAUGCAGUGAAUUAUCUUCCAUAAUGAAGAUGUGAUCUGACCUCUUCUCAGACGACACCCCCUGUGGUUUGAUUCUUGUAAGUCAUCAACUGUAAGCGACCACCAAAUCUGUUCAUUUUGGGUGUCCGUUUAAGGGAACUUCGACUUUGAUUUUAAAUAUAGACUGGAAACAUAAAUUUUUGUUCUGAAGUGUUUUGGCUGAAUCACCCAGCCUUCAACAGUUGAUUGUACAUGGGUUUGUAGCUGUCACAAGACCUUAGAGCAGCCAUUUGACGAGAGUAUGGUAUUGUAGAUGUUUGUGUGCUCCAUUAACUGUUACGCCCUCAACCAAAAUGUUUGAGGUUACAUUAUAAAAUGGUGGUAGCCUAUAUCCUGCAUUAGAAUUAAACAUCCUAUCUGUCUCACAGUAAACUGAGCAGACACAAAAAGGACCGUGGCAAAUCCAAGAUGGCCUUUAGUAACAAAUGUCUAUAAUUGUACACGAUUAUCUAGUUGGUGAAAAAUUCAUAGUGUGUAUGGAACAGAGUUUGCAAAUUUUAUUGAUGAGUGGAGUCAGUGUGACUUCUGCUUCACAAAUUUUGGAGUCAUAUUCAGCGUGCAAAGAAAGUACUGUCCAAUAGCCCGGGCUAGUGGAUUUUGCUAUCGGGCUAGUGAAUUCUGUUUUUAUCUUGCCUGACAGGCAAGUGAUGUGUUUUGAGGAAUUCAAAUAACAGAAGAACUGUGAAAUCAAUUCUGCUUGUCAAAAAGCUUUUGGAGCUAGUUGAAAUGAUGACUGGGCUAGUAAAUGCUAGCUUCAGCUUGCCUGGAAGGCAAGCUGUAAAAAAGAUUUUCUUUGUACCCUGCAUAUUGGAAUAUUUGGGAUUAAGUAUCACAAAAACAAAAAAAACCAUUUUCAGACUUUCCAGCACAUGGUCCUGGCAUGUAUACACUAUCGUGACGGAUACACAAGGUACCUUUGGCGGUCUGCUAACCUGGAAAGCUCAAAUCCAUGAUGGCGGUCAUCGAGUAAACUCUUCCUGUUUUGUUGUGCAGUAUUAUUCUUUAAUUUCGAUGAUUUAAUUAAGGUUUACAACAUUUACAAUUAACGUAAAUUGUAUUUGUUACAAAAAAGAUAAGAACAAAACUGUGUUUGUUGCCGAAAAUUUCUGGAGUUGAAGUGACUCACUCUGUAACCUCAGUGGAGUCAUCUGAACAAUUUUGGCGUAAAAUACGCCAAAUUUGGCAUAUUUGCAAACCCUGAUGGAAGCUGUGAUAAAAAAUUAUACGAUCAAACCUCACACAAUGGCCACAAGAAAUUGGUCAGUGUAGAGAGGUGGCCAUCUUAGAAAGGAUUAAACAAGAGUCAAUGUAUGGACAGUCUGCCAAAAAAAGUGGCUGUUGUAUUAAAGUGGUGGCCAUUAUAGACAGGUGGCGGCCAUAAAUGGAGGUUUGACUGUAUUUGAUGCAAAACCUACAUUAUCCCUUUAAGCCCCAAUAUGCACAUGCAAAUUCUCCAAACUGAUCUCUAUACAUUUCCUUUAAGAAUUAGUUGAGAGAAUUUGAUAAAAGAUCAUCAUGGCAUUUUGUCUUUGAUGAUCAUUAAAUUAAUUCUCAUAACCUUAUCUCUUGACAAUGUAUGGAUAUUGCUAGGAGAAAAUUGAUUUUGGUCAUUAUUGGGACUUAAGGCUUACAUUGUUAAAAACAAAGUUAAAACUGAACAUUCAAGCCAUGCAGUGUUUUGCUUAGUGUUCUUCUGUAGCAACUUUGCACCAAUUUCCCAUCGUACUAAUUUACAAAUAAGUUACAUCCCAUUUUCUUUUUCAUUCAUUCUUUCUUUCAUUUCUUUUCUGUUGUAGGCAUCAUAUGAUGAAAUUAAGGCAGUGAUGAAGAAAGCUUCAGAAGAUCCAGCACUUAAAAAAUACCUUGGAUACACUGAUGAGCAAGUUGUAUCCACUGACUUCAUUAGCAGCACUUAUUCUUCAGUCUUUGAUGCUGCGGCUGGAAUUUCUCUGAAUCCAAAUUUUGUUAAGCUUGUAGCCUGGUAAGCAAAAGCAUGCACCUUAAAAGUGCUUGAAUGUCCUUGAAUUUUCAAAUAAAAAUUCAGGCUAGGCCUUGAAAGAGCUUGAAAAUUGUAGUUGGUGCUCGAAAGGCCUUUCAAUUUUAGUAGUAACUUAAUCCGAUCCAGAUUCUCAAGUGCUUAAAAGGAACAAACACAGAAAGACCUUCAGGAGAAAAUUUCUCAUGUUGUGAAACUAAAAAAGACAUAGACGCAAGGCUCUUUUUUGCACUGAAUGGGGUCCUUGAAAAAUGGAAAAUGGGUCUUUGAAAACGCCUUGAAUUUUUUGCUCAAAACAGUAUACUAACCCUGGGUUUUGUACAUGACUUGAGUUGGGAGCAGUUGUUGGGGGGGAUGGGGUGCUCCUUGCUGUAGGGCUCUGAGAGUAAUGACUCACUUUACUUUAAGUUGUGACACAGUCUGAGUCAGAGUUGUAUGUAUACAGCUCUCUCGGGAGCUAACAAAUACAGCUGAACUUAAUCUGCUAUGGCAUCGCCAGCAGGAAACACUGUACCACCUCCUUGGUUUUUUAGUGGUGCUCCUACUUUGAGGUUGAAUGUUGAGUUCUGCAAUCUUCAACUUUUGAUCCUUAAGAUGAACGGUUAAUAUUAAGUGCCAUUUACGGUUUAUAAGGGAAGUACAAAGCAUUUGUUUUUAGGUCAUCUUUGAUUUAACAACCUUUGAACAAUCCUUCAAUUACUUGAUCCAGUUAGAGGGUGUGAAGAUACUGUAAAAUCCUGAAUGCAUUUUAAUGUGUCAUGAAGUGUUUGUAUUCAUACUGUCUGACCCUCUGUUAGUAAUAACUUGGUUAACUUAUUCGUAGGCAAGGUCAGUAAAAUCGUUCUCAAAAUUUUGUCUGUCUUUCUUCCCAGGUAUGAUAAUGAAUAUGGCUACAGCCACCGUGUUGUGGAUCUUAUCAAGUACCUUGCUGGCAAGGAGUGA